AUGGCGGCUCCCCGUCACAAAUCACAACAGAAAAAUAUAUCUUCGAUAUUUUCGAAGUUGCAUGGUGCUUUUUCGGAUGCCGUGUGCCAAACAAAGCUUGCUACGGACAAACGGACUCUAGAUAAGACUUGGAAAUUAAUGGACAAAGUUGUAAAAUUAUGUCAGCAUCAUAAAAUGAACCUGAAGAACAGUCCGCCGUUUAUUCUAGAUAUUUUGCCAGAUACAUAUCAGAGGUUGCGUAUUAUUUACUCCAAGUAUGAGGAUAAUAUGCAAGAGUUAAAUAAUAAUGAACAUUUUAACAUAUUUAUAAUAAAUUUGAUAAGAAAGUGUAAACAGGCUAUAAAGUUGUUCAAGGAUGGUAAAGAGAAGAUGUUUGAUGAAAACUCGCAUUACAGACGCAAUUUGACGAAGCUUAGCCUCGUUUUUAGUCAUAUGCUAAGUGAGUUGAAGGCAAUGUUCCCUAAUGGAACUUUUGCAGGUGAUCAAUUUCGUAUAACCAAGAGUGACGCCGCGGAAUUUUGGAGAACCAACUUUGGUAACAGCACACUAGUCCCCUGGAAACAUUUUCGAGAAGAGCUGAACAACGUGCAUCCCAUAUCGUCAGGGUUAGAGACGAUGGCGCUAAAAACAACAAUAGAUCUGACCUGCAAUGACUUUAUAUCGAAUUUUGAAUUUGAUGUGUUCACAAGAUUAUUUCAACCCUGGAGCACUCUGCUACGUAAUUGGCAGUUACUAGCGGUCACACAUCCCGGUUACGUCGCGUUCCUCACUUACGACGAGGUGAAGGCGCGCCUGCAGAAAUAUAUACAUAAGGCAGGAAGUUAUGUGUUUAGGUUAUCGUGUACUCGACUCGGGCAAUGGGCGAUAGGCUACGUUACAGUGGACGGCGAAAUUUUACAAACUAUACCGCAAAAUAAAAGCUUAGUCCAAGCGUUGUUGGACGGGUAUAGAGAGGGAUUUUACCUUUAUCCAGACGGUCGGGAUAUAAAUCCAGAUUUGAGUUCGGCGAUAAUAUCGCCCGCAGAAGACCAUAUAACCGUGACGCAGGAACAGUACGAGUUGUAUUGUGAAAUGGGGAGCACAUUCCAACUGUGCAAGAUAUGUGCGGAAAACGACAAAGAUAUCAGGAUAGAGCCGUGUGGACAUUUACUAUGUACGCCGUGUUUGACCGCCUGGCAAAUUGACUCAGAAGGUCAAGGGUGUCCAUUUUGCAGGGCGGAAAUCAAAGGGACGGAACAAGUUGUGGUGGACGCGUUCGUGCCGCCUCGACCGCCGAACACAACGGCCGAUGUUAAAAUAGCAAACACAAAGACUGCAGUGAAGCCGGUGUCGUCUAACUCGUCUGGGUCCUCCGGCUCUUCAGGCUGUAAUGGUUCAAGUAGUGAAGUCACAAUUUCAAGUAAUUCAAACGGUUGGUCGUCACGCAACACUACGUUUAACGGUUUGACUGAUGACAUCGACGAUCCGGAGGACUGGGCAGAAUUCAACGCAGCAACAUCUACUAUAGAUGCUCUCCGUCCGGGAGUUAGAUCUGCAGGGGCUUCCCCCCGACACUCUCCGCGUGCUACACGGAGAGCACCCGCGCCUGCAGAGAACGCGUACGGAGAGUUACGAGCUCCUCCGCUACCUCCUAGGAAAAGUCUUUCUCCGGCGGAGACUAUUGCUGCCGCGUCUAGUGUUCAGGAUAUAGCUUCCGCUAGUAUUAUGGAACCCCGCCGACGUUCUUCAUUAGAACCUGAACCAGACUCCAGACACCGCCUUACAUCAGUCAUAACAGGCUCGACGGAAACAAUUACUGGUCUCAUUGAUACUAGAAAUCAUGAGGUACCACCAGACCCAAGAGCCUUUGAAAAACCACGAAGAGCUUGCACCCCACAAUCUAAUAGUAGACCACUUCCCGCACCACCCCCCGAAAGACAACCCGAUAGAACUGACCCUAAACCUAUACAAGACCGUCAUAUAAACGAAAGACUCUUACCAGAUAAAGAGACCAGCAGUAGAACGGAUAGAUCAUCAGAAAACAGAGUAUUAGAUAGACACACAGACAGAUAUAUGCAAGAACGUCAUAUUGACUUUCGGAAUCCCCCAGAAAGACCAGAUAAACCUGAUAGGAAUUUAGAAAGGGAUAGAACGAGCUUCGAUAGGGACACGAGAGUGGAAAAUAAAGCACCCCCCAGACAAAGAUCGCUUCCAACAUCAACAUGUAGUACUAGUUUAGACCAACCGACUAAAUCGACAACGAUGCCAAAAUUUCCCUCUGAGGAUGUGAAGGAUCCGCCAUAUGAAAACGUUGCGGUGGAAAAGAAUGAAUUGGCAGUUGCACCCAAAAAAAUCAACCCUUUAACACACGACAAGCACGGCAGAAAAUAUGGGGAUAAUGUGUCAUAUGAAAAUAUAAACUUAGAUUAUAUCGCGCGUUUAGUUAACGAGGGUUACCCAAAGGACAUUGUAGUGCGGGCUUUGGGCAUAACUAGAAACGAUUUAGAAAUGGCAUGCGACAUAUUACAUGAGUUCGGUUCGAAAGUUCAACAUAAGUGU